AUGGUGAAGAACACUGGGGACAGCACAAACAACAAGAUCAAGCUGGCCAUGCGGAGCGGCAAGAUCCUGCUGGGCUACAAGAACACCCUGCGGUCCAUCCGGAGGGGCGAGUCGAAGAUGGUGUUCAUCGCCAGCAACUGCCCCCUGGUGCGCAAGUACGAGAUCGAGUACUACGCGGCCCUGGCCGAGGUGAGCAUCAAGAUCUUCAGCGGCAACAACAUCAACAUGGGCACCACCCUCGGCAAGUACUUCCGCUGCUCGGUCUUCUCCAUCAUCAACCCCGGCGACUCCGAUAUCCUCGUCAAGUGA